AUGAGCUUCAACGUCUGCCCACGGUUGUUCCUGGUUCUCUUUGCCUUUCUGUGCGUGCUUCCCGUCAUUAGCUGGGGAGCUUCAUUUCGGAUCGGGUUAGUGGGCCCCUGGGAGUGCGACCCCGUUUUCGCUAAGGCCCUGCCCCAUGUGGCAGCACAACUGGCGAUAAAACACAUCAACAGGGAUCCCUCUCUGUCCUACGCUGCAACUUUUGACUAUAUAAUCCUGAAUGAGCCAUGCAAGACCUCAAGAGCUCUGGAGAAGUUUGUGGCUUUCCACACCAAGGCUUCGGCUUUCGUCGGACCGGCCAAUCCGGGCUACUGUGACGCUGCUUCAAUGCUGAGCAAAAGUUGGAACAAGGCUUUGUUCGCAUGGGGCUGCAUCGGCUCCGAUUUGGACCGUGUCUGGAGCCACCCGACCUUCGCCCGCUCCAUGCCCAGGCCCACUUGGGUACUAUCAAGAAUCAUGAGAUACUUCCACUGGGCUCACGUGGGAAUCAUCUCUGCCUCUGAUGACAUCUGGGUGGAGACAGCUAACAAGGUCGCCGACUCACUUCGCGCUCACGCUUUCCCUGUCAGACUGCUCUGGGUUAUGGAGAACACUUCUCACAGCAUCAGGAGGACUCUAGCUAAAGUCCGCAAGAUGAGAGAAAUACGAGUACUUAUCCUCUGCAUGCACUCGGUGUUGAUCGGAGGAGAGCUCCAGAAGCUCCUCUUGGAGACGGCCUACGACAUGCAAAUGAUUGACGGUUCCCUGGUAUUCGUACCCUAUGACGCCCUCCUCUACAGUCUACCGUACCGUAACAUAAGCUACCCAGCCCUGAAGAGCAACAGCAAAUUGCUGCGGGCCUACGAUGCAGUGCUAACCGUCACCAUCGACUCGCCCCAGAUGUCAUUUUUUGAGGCCUACGAAAAUGCUAUUGAGAAAGGGGAGGUGGCAAGGAUUCUCAAACCCCAGCAGGUGUCCCCGUUCUUCGGCACUAUCUACAGCUCCGUGAUCCUCCUCGCUCACGCCGUGCAGCGGGUUGGACUUUCCAAGGAGUGGAUGUCUGGUGGGAAUAUUGCACAAGUGCGCCGCCACAGCUUUGAGGGCUUCAGCCAUCCGAUGAAAUCGGACGCUUCCGGAAAUGUUUUAUUGGACUACAUCAUCCUGGACACUGAUGGAGUCUCCUGUGAGCUGAUGCCGACACACAGGCUAAACAUGGAAGCCGAUUCGGUCAACUUCCUGGGUCGAGACAUUCAUUUUCCGCAUGGGUCAGGUCCCGGACGGGACGCCCCGUGCUGGUUCACUCCAGGUGCCAUCUGCUCCGGAGGUGUGGAUCUUUUUUCUACUGUCAGCAUUGUGCUCGGAGCGAUCGGCGUCUGUAUGCUGGCUAUAGUCUUUAUAUACUUUGUCCGGCGACGUGUUAACCAGAUUCGGCUUGUCAGGGGACCAAACAAGAUCCUGCUGACUUUAGAGGAUGUCACCUUCAUCAACCCAUCGCUUAGCAAGAAGCCUAGCCUGGACGACAGCCGGGCCAGCGCCAUCAAGAGCGUGUCGGACUGUAGUAUCAUGUCACCCACCUCCACUCGAUCGCCAGCAACGUAUGAGAACUCCAACGUCGUCAUUUUAGAGGGGGACUGGGCGUGGCUUAAGAGACUACCAUACGGCUCAUUUAGCAGCAUCAACCCCAAAACGAGUGAUUUGUUUGAGCUGAUGAAGGACAUGCGGCACGAGAAUGUCAACCCCUUCCUGGGCUUCUUCCUCGACUGCGGCGUCUUCGCCAUCGUGACCGAGUUUUGUUCCAGAGGCAGCUUGGAAGAUCUGCUUCUCAAUGAUGACGUCAAGUUGGACUGGAUGUUUAAGUCCUCCCUGCUGCUCGAUUUGAUUAAGGGUAUGAAGUACCUCCACCACUGCGGUGUGUCUCACUCCCAUCUGAAGUCUCGGAACUGUGUGGUGGACGGGCGCUUUGUGUUGAAGAUCACAGACUUCGGCUACAAUGAGGUUCUAGAGGCUCAAAGGUUCCCAUAUGCGGAACCGCCCGCAGAUGAGCUGCUUUGGACGGCUCCCGAGCUCCUCCGAAGCCCUCAGCCCGGCCGCCGCGGGACGCUGCCCGGUGACGUGUACAGCUUCGCCAUCAUCACCCAGGAAGUGGUCAUUCGGGGGCCUCCCUUUUGCAUGCUGGAUCUGUCGGCCGCAGAUGUGAUCGAGAAGUUGCGCAAACCGCCUCCUUUGUGUAGACCGCUGGUUAGUUUGGAUUGCGCGCCGUUCGAGUGCAUCCAAUUGAUGAAACAGUGUUGGAACGAACAGCCGGAAAAGAGACCAACGUUUGAGGAGAUAUUCGACAAGUUCAAGGACAUCAACAAAGGCAAGAAAACCAACAUCAUAGACUCCAUGUUGCGGAUGCUUGAACAGUACUCGUCCAACCUGGAAGAGCUUAUCAGAGAGCGAACCGAGGAGCUGGAGAUCGAGAAGCAAAAAACCGAGAAGCUGCUGACACAAAUGCUGCCUCCAUCGGUGGCUGAAGCGUUGAAGAUCGGCGGCACCGUCGUACCCGAGUAUUUCGACAGCGUGUCUCUCUACUUCAGCGACAUCGUGGGCUUCACCACCAUCUCGGCCAACAGCGAGCCGAUCGAGGUGGUCGCCCUGCUCAACAGCCUCUAUACCCUCUUUGACGCCAUUAUCGGCAACCAUGAUGUUUACAAGGUGGAGACUAUCGGCGACGCUUACAUGGUGGCGUCGGGCGUCCCUGUUCCAAAUGGCAACCGGCACGUGGCGGAGAUAGCCAAUAUGUCUCUGGACAUCUUAAGCGCAGUGGGAACCUUCAAGAUGAGACACAUGCCCGACGUCCCCGUCAGAAUCCGCAUUGGACUGCACACAGGUCCGUGCGUGGCAGGAGUCGUAGGUCUCACCAUGCCGCGCUAUUGCUUAUUUGGUGACACUGUGAACACCGCCUCUCGCAUGGAGUCCAGCGGACUGCCCUACAGGAUCCACGUGCACCAAAACACAGUCAAAGUCUUGCGUGAGCUCAACUUGGGCUACAAGCUAGAGCUGAGGGGAAGGACCGGAGUCAAGGGGAAAGGAACUGAAGACACCUACUGGCUAGUUGGAAGGGACGGCUUCACCAAACCUCUUCCUGUACCUCCGGAGCUAAAAUCAGGGCAAAUGCCCCACGGGCUGCAGAUGGCUGAGAUAGCCCACGUGGCCUCCAAGGAGCCCAAAGACCUGAAACAGAUGUUGUACAAGGCCGUGAGGAAGCUCUCCCACAUCCGCGUGGUCGCGCAACUCGGCGAGGACGACAACGUCAUGAUGUCGCAUCACUGA